CCACCGUCAGACGUGACGUCACGGUUCUCCUCCACUUUGGUCAAAGUUUUUCAUGAGAAGGGGAAAAAAGCACAGUGGGGUGCGGAGCUGACUGUAGACAGUAGAAAAACUCUCAGUCGGAAACUAAAUUCGUUAGUUUCCCUCGGCUGUGGAAAUGUCCACACGGCCGUGUCGCUGCGUCCACGCUGCUGCUGCCGCUGCUGCUGCUGUGGCGGCGACGCUUUUCUCGCUGUUGCUCGUUGUACAAGUCUGUGUGUGUGUCAGCGGCGAGGACGAGGAGGUUCUGGAGAAACAACAGCUCGCGGAGUUUUACAAGAAGGGUGUGUUCAUUCUGGAGAGUGAACUAACCAAGCGCUGUGUCACAGUGGGUCGCUCGAACCUCGUACUGGACGACUGUAAGCGGCCCACGAGUCGCAUGUUGUGGAAGUGGGUCUCUCAGCAUCGCCUCUUCAACCUGGGCUCCAGCAGGUGCCUCGGCCUCAACAUCUCCGACCCGACUCAACCUCUGGGCAUGUUUGAGUGUGACAUGUCCCUUCCCGUGCUGUGGUGGCGCUGCAGCGGGAAGAUGCUGUACGGAGCAUCGCAGUGGAAGGUGGCCGUGACGGGACGUUCACUGGUAGUUAAAAAGAACAACUUUCACGCAUGGAGGAGGUACAACACGGCCAGGGAGGGGCCCUGUUCGUAUCCGUAUGAAGAUAUCCACACUCUGCUGGGGAAUGCACACGGUAUGCCCUGUGCGCUACCUUUUAAAUACAAUAACAAGUGGUUCUCGGAGUGCACCAGUGAGGGCCGUGAGGACCAGCUUCAGUGGUGUGCCACCACCACCCGUUAUGACGAAGCUGAACGCUGGGGCUUCUGCCCUGUCCAAGACUCAACUUGUGAACAUUUCUGGGAGUCCAACGAGGAACUAAAGGCGUGUUACCAGUUCAACCUUUACACCAUCCUGACCUGGAGUCAGGCUCAGGCCACCUGUCAGGCUCAAGGAGGAAAUCUGCUGAGCAUCAGCAGCCUGGCAGAGCACAGGUACAUCAGAGAUCGACUGGCAAGUGUUGGAGUGAUGGUGUGGAUCGGACUGAACCACCUCAAAGAUGGUCGGGGGUGGCAGUGGUCGGAUGGAGCGCCGUUAUCAUUGGUCAAUUUCACCACAGCUCUGCCUGCCAGCCCCCUGAAAGACAACAGACAGUGUGGAGUUUAUAACUCGGCCUUCCCCGGUCACUGGCAGAGUCUUUCCUGUGAGUCUGCGCUGCCCUACAUUUGUAAGAAAACACCAAACAACACCAGGAGAGCCGAGCCAAUGGAGAAUUGGCAGUACAUCUCCACAGAGUGUGUCGAUGGAUGGUGGCCGCACAAUGGUUUUUGUUACAAAGUCCUGCCCAAAACGGAGGCAGGAAGCUGGCCUGACUCAUCGGCGGCUUGUGGCUCCCAAGGGUCAAACCUCACCAGCCUGAGGUCAUUGUCGGAGGUGGAGAUGCUGCUCAGUCUGCUGGCUAACUUUUCAGGAGACAGUAAGGAGGUCUGGAUUGGCCUUAGGAGACCAAUAUCCUCACCCUCUGUGCAGUGGUCUGAUGAUUCACCGGUGACUCUAACUCUGUGGCAUCAGUAUCAGCCUCCUCCCAACCUGACAGACACAGACCUCUGUGCCAAAGUGGACAGGGAGAAAGGCACCUGGUUAUUAACAUCCUGUGAUGAACAACUGCCUGCUGUCUGCAGAAAAAGAAGCCUGAACCAAAUUCCUGUUUUUCAUCCUGAUUCCUGGGACGAGGGUUGUCCCGAGGGCUGGAAACGACACGGACAUUCCUACUACACUGUGACGAACCAUGAACAAAAUUUUGAAGAUGCGUUGAUGGGAUACUACUGCAAGGCCCCUCUUCUCACUUUGGGAAACAGGUUCGAGCAGGCUUUUAUCAACAGUUUACUGAAUGAGAGAGGCGCCAACAGCAGCACGUUUUACUGGAUCCGCCUCAACGACAUCGGGGACACAGGAGAAUACGUCUGGUUUCUUCACAAUAGCUCCUCCCUGCCGCUCUCCUACACCAACUGGAACAAACAUCAGCCUGCCAGUUCUGGCGGGUGUGUCGCAAUGUCAGGUGGACCAGCUCUGGGUCACUGGGAGGUCAAAGACUGCAGGUCCUUUAAGGCCUUGUCAGUGUGUGAGCAGAGUGUGGGCAGUUACCAUGAUCCCCAACUACAAGAGCACCACAUUGAUGCCCACGCCCCCUGUCCUCCCGGGUGGGAAUCACAGUCUGGGCUGUUGGACUGUUUUAAGGUCUUCCACGAUGAGAAGGUCCUUAUGAAACGCACCUGGGUGGAGGCAGACUUUUUCUGCCAGGCCCUCGGCGCCCAGCUGGCCAGUUUCUACCAUUACGAGGAGCAAGCGUUUGUCAAGCAGCUCCUCAGCCACAUGUUUGAAGGACCACAGGGUCGCUGGUUCUGGGUGGGUUUAAACAAAAGAGACCCCGAAAACCCUGGAGCCUGGGAGUGGUCCGAUGGUUCUCCGGUGGUGACGUCGUUCAUAGAGGACAAAAAUGACGAGGACGACAGGAGGGACUGCGCCGUUUACAGUGACCUGACCAAUGCUCUGACUCCACAGCCCUGUGACAGCAAACAUGAGUGGAUUUGUAAGCUGCCCAAAGGUGAAAAACUGAAAAAACCUUAUUGGUACUCUGAGGAGAGUGAACCCUGGGUGUUUUACCGCGGCGCUGAGUAUCUCCUUGCCAAACAGCCGUUUGACUGGGAUGCUGUGUCUCUGGCCUGUCAGAUGAUGGGAGCACAUUUACUGUCCAUUCACUCCAGGGACGAGCUGCACUUCGUCAAGGAUCGCUUACGUCGGUUCUCUCUGGGCCCAGCUGACUGGUGGAUCGGCCUUUCUGUUGGUCAGCCUGGAGACGAGGUCAGAUGGACUGACAAAACCGAAGUGGACUUUCAGAACUGGGCUGUGGACACUGCUAGGAGAAAUGGGUUGUGUGUCACCAUGUCUUCUUCAACAGGAAAGUGGUCUGUGAAGAAGUGCAGUGAUCUCCAUGGUUAUGUCUGUAAGAGAAGGACUGCGUCUGUGCUGGAGACUCCCAGAGAACCUCACUACAUUGGACGAUGUCCUGAAAAAUGGCUGUAUUUUGGACACAAGUGUCUCCUGCUCCACCUCCCCGAUGAUCCAAAGCAGGGGAAAAGUUGGAAAGAUGCUCAGUCCAUCUGCUCCUCAUUUGAAGGCUCCCUGGUCGCUAUAGAAGAUGAGAUUGAACAAGCCUAUAUCACCAUGCUGCUCCAGGGCAGCUCUGUGGGGGUGUGGAUUGGCCUCGGAGUUGGUGACAUGAAAUGGACCAAUGGGAAAACAGUCAGCUACACCAACUGGUCUCCAGUAGAACCAAAAACCUAUCUCACUGAAGACGAUUGGAUUGGUGGGUUUAAGGAGCCACUGUGCAUCGUUCUGUCCAACAACCACAACUUCCACCUGACAGGGAAGUGGUACGACGAGAAGUGCAGUGAAACUGGUUAUGGAUUUGUUUGUCAGAAACCACAAGACACAACCAAACCCCCCUCCCACUCCUAUCACCACCCUCUCCCUGACAUUAUUGAGUACAGGAGCUGCAGCUACAGGGUCGUGUCUGGAAACAUCAGCUGGUACGAGGCCAUGCAAAUGUGCAUAGAGAAUGAUUCUGACCUAGUGAGCAUCACUGAUGCCUACCACCAAGCUUUCCUUACUGUGCUUGUCAACAGAUUGGCUGUCCCUCACUGGAUCGGCCUCUACAGUCAAGACGCAGGCAUCAACUACCAAUGGGCAGAUGGCAGCGACACAGUUUACACUCACUGGGACCCGGACGAUGACGACGACGACAACUAUGUUACUGGAGAGUGUGUUUACCUGGAUGUAAACGGAGGCUGGAGAAGAGCUGACUGUGAAUCUCAGCUGCCGGGAGCCUUGUGUCGUGUCUCUGCACCAAGCAACAAGCCUUUUUCAUCAGUGGAGGUCGUUUGUCCUCCUUCCUGGGUGAAGUUUGGGCACAGCUGUUACAACUUUGAGACUGUGGUGCAGAAACUGACACUGGAGGAGUCCAGAGAACACUGCAAAAAAAGAGUUAACACGUCAGAUGUUCUCUCCGUUGAAAGUGAGACAGAGAACCGUUUUGUUCUGGAGCAGCUCUGGGCCUCGGGGAUCCAUCACCAGACUUUGUGGUUGGGGAUGCAUUUUAACCCUGCCUCUGAGUCUCUGGUCUGGGUCGAUGGCUCACCGAUGGACUACACUAACUGGCCAAACAAAGCUCCAGACUCCAACCUGCUGACUACAGACACAUGCGCGAAAACCAGCGCAGCUAAUGGUGUGUGGCACCUUACGCAGUGCACGGAGCGAUUCGGCUUCGUCUGCAAAACCAUCUCAGAUGUGAUUACUGAGGUGGAAGUGGAACCGAUAAAUGGUUUACAUCAUGGAGUCAUCGCUGCUGCAGUGCUGGUGGCUGUGAUCAUUUUCACGCUGCUGGCAGGAAUAACGUGGUUCGUCUACAGGAGGAACUCAGCACGUUUUGGUAGACUGCACUUUCUGGGCACUGCUUACUACAGACAGUCAGAUUCAUUGUCUUUAGAAUCAGAUGGAAACGUGCUGAUGACAGACCUGGAGAAUCACUCAGGAGAAUAGCACUGAGGACUAGAGUCUGCCUUAGAACUUCACUGUCUCGUCACUAUUUCACCUUCCUAUAAGUCACACUGACUGGUACGCUGACGCCUCAGGACUAUAGUCAGAUGAAGAUGAGAGAUGUUUUUGCUUUUUUUUAGAAGGUGCUGAACAAUCCCUCUGUUUUCUUGCCUCAUUGUUUCUUGUGUUGAUAUUGAAGGAAUUGUAUUUGUUUUUGGUAUUUUUGGGGUAAAAAUUUGAAAAUAAAUAUAAGGAAUUCACAUUCUAUGGGAAUAUAAUUUGAACGAAUGUUUUAUUGGAAUAUUUAACAUUGUAACAAAACAGCUCUUGAUCAACCUACAACAAUAAACUUACAGUUGUAACCAGCACAGUUACAAAACAAUACAAAUGUUUUAUGUGUAACAGUAUUCUAAAUAUCACAAUUCAGUAUUCUUAUUUCUUACAUAUAAAAUUGCUGUAUGUAUUUGUGAAUAUUUUUUUUAAAUAAUAGAGAAUGUUGGUCACACAGGAACAAUUGAUGACUUUUAUUGUAUUUUUAUUGUAUUGUUUUUUUUUCUGAGUCUCAAUAAUUAAGGUCAUGUUUCAGCACAUUGUGUAAGUCAGUUGUCCAACUGUGUUUUGUACAAAUGUCCUUAUUUUGUAAUAAACUGAAAGAUCUGUACACCAUGUGGAGAAAUUGCAGCAGGUUAGAUCACAUUACAGUUUUGUAAAAGUUAAAAAAGUUUUUCUUCUAACUCCUAAAACACCAUAUUUUAUGCUUAAAUUGACUUUUUUGCCUUUAGCAUAUUAGUUUAUACGUUGUUCUGUUGUCUUUUUAUAUUUAUUUAUUACUAAUUUGAUAUUUUAACCGUUAA